UGUGUGUGUGUGUGUGUGUUCGCUUUAGUGUGGUUGGGUGAACAUAUUUUAUUGCGAAGUCAUGUUUAAAGAUUGUAUAUAUUAAUUAAAAGGAAUUGAAAUUGUAUGUUGGACCCAGUCUCAAGCUUUCAUUAGUAAUGAACUUGUGUGCUUUAACUUUAAGGUUAAUCUAACUCUCCAGGUGAAAUUCCUGGGGUGGCGUUGCUGGCAAUUUGUCACUAGUUCAACUAAAACUUCAUCGUAUUGAAGCCUCGAACGUUGAAUGCCACACAUUGCAUACUAAAGUUUCAGCAGGCAACACCUGCUUCAUUGUGAGGUACUGUCUGUGAUUGCACAGUGUUAUGUGUUUUUCAGGCACAGCGCAGAGAACACGGCCGAUCAGUCCAAGCAUCAGAUCACACACAUCCUGAAUGCAGCUCACAGUAAGCGUGGAGGACAGCCAGGUAUCUACAGGGGCAUGGAGAUCACAUACAUGGGCAUAGAGGCUCAUGACUCCUGUGGCUUUGACUUGAGCGUCAACUUCCUCGCAGCAGCAGACUUCAUUCACAGGGCUCUCAGCAGGGGAGGCAAAGUGCUGGUGCACUGUCACGUGGGAGUGAGCCGCUCAGCCACCCUGGUCCUUGCGUACCUGAUGCUGAGGCAGAACCUGAAGCUCGUGGAGGCUAUUUGUAGCCUGGAUGCCAGACGAACUUAGCCCCGCC